GUCCCUCCCUCACCGACCGAUAAAUGGCCAACUCGCAAGCCAAGGUGGUCUCGUCCAUCCUGGAGAAGCACGGCUACCAGCUGGGGCGCUACCUGGGCAAAGGGGCGUACGCCAUCGUAUGGGAGGCCUACUUCAAGAAGUGGAAGACCAACGUGGCUGUCAAGGUGCUGCUGAAGGAGAAGGCCGAGACGGAAUUCCUCACCAAGUUCCUGCCUCGGGAGAUCCAGGUGUGGAAGAUGCUGAAGCAUCCUAACCUGGUCAGCUUCUACCAGUCCAUCGAGACCACCAACAGGGUGUACAUUAUGCUGGAGCUUGCCCCCGGAGGUGAGGUGAUGGACCGCAUACGCAUGAAGGGGCCCUGUGAAGAGAAGCAGGCCGGCAAGUGGUUCGAGCAACUGUGCCAGGGCAUGGCCUACAUCCACAGUCACGGAGUGGUCCACAGGGACCUGAAGCUGGAGAACCUGCUGCUGGACAUCAACGACAAUGUAAAGAUCUCGGACUUUGGCUUCUGCAAGGUGGCGUCGGUGGAUGUGGGGGGGGUGCAGAAGAUGCAGCUGAGCGAGACGUACUGCGGCAUCUAUGCCUACGUUCCCCCCGAGGUGCUGCAGGGGACCCCCUACACCCCCUUCCUCUCCGACAUCUGGAGCAUGGGGGUCAUCCUCUUCACCCUGGUGACUGGCAAGCUGCCCUUCGACGACUCCAACCUGCGCCGCCUCCUCAAGCAGAUGCUCCGUCCCUCCCAUCUUCACCAGCCGGCCCCCUCGGGUCCUCCCCACAAG